GGCACUCUCAUCUCUGUCUGACCAGAAGGCAGUAGGCAGCAGCAGCUUUGUAAACACAACGUGCUGCGCUGCUUUGUUUCGGAACCACCACCAUUCUGGGUCUAUCUCUAGCCAUGCCAUGGAUAUUUUGUGGCAAUAUCAAUUCAGGAUAAUUUUGCUAGGAGACUCGACAGUAGGGAAAUCAUCUUUACUGAAGCGGUUUACAGAUGGAAUUUACAGCGAUGUAGCGGAUCCAACGGUCGGUGUUGAUUUUUAUGCCCGUUCGCUAGACAUCGAGCCAGGGAUUAAAAUCAAGCUUCAGCUGUGGGACACGGCUGGACAGGAGCGAUUUAGGUCCAUCACCACUUCCUACUAUCGUAACUCAGUGGGCGGGCUCCUCGUGUUCGACCUGACCAAUCACAACACCUUCGACCACGUGAGGGAGUGGCACAAGGAAGUGAGCGAGCACAUCCUGCCGCACAACAUGGUCUACAUCCUGAUUGGCCACAAAAGCGACCUAAACAAGGACCGGAAGGUGACGCGGGACGAGGCUGAGCAGCUGGCGGCGGAGAUGGGGAUACGCUAUGUGGAGACGUCGGCUAAGUGCAACAGCAACGUGGACCGGGCCUUCCAGCUGCUCAGCAGGGACAUCUAUGAGCUGAUGAAGAUGGGGCAGAUCACCACGAGGGACGGAUGGGAUGGGGUGAAGAGUGGCCUCACUGCCAGGGUCCUGUACCCGGGUGAUGUGGACAUUGAGGUGGAGCCGAGGGAGAAGAGUUGCAACUGCUGAGAGACUGACCCUCGAUCCCUGACCUCUGACCUCAUCAAUGGUAAUGUUCAUUACGCACCAAAUGGAAGAAAACGKAUUGGAACAGARAGGGACUACCUGGAAUUGUCCAAUAAGAAACGCAAAUGUAUCUUUUCCGUUGCGAAUCGUUCUAGAACGUGUUCCGAUGCGUUCCCUAAUAAACACGACUCAUGUCUCCA